AAGUCAGCAAACUCACUUUCCCUCUAUGCUGGGUAAAAUGGAAGGGAGUCACAAAACAACUCUUGGUUUUCUUUGCCAUAGAAAACGAUAUGAAAUGCAUGGGUUUGCUACGAGCCCUUGAAGCCAUGCGCAUGUGCCUUCAUGCCACACAGACCAGCUCAUACAAAAGGAAAGGUCUAUGGGUUGCCUGCCGGAAACUGGAAUCUAUGGUCCAGCCCCUUGUUUCCAGGACAGCCUGCCUUCCUUCCCUAAAUGCAGCUGAGCUCCAGAGCAGCCUCCUGAAGAAGGCUUCCCCAGAAGCAUACAUGGAGGUGCAGCUACAACAGGCCCGAGCGUUCAAGGAGGAAGGCAACCGCUAUUACAAAGAAGGGCGUUUCCGAGAUGCUGUGAGCCGCUACCACUGGGCUUUGCUGCAGGUGAAAGGGCUGGAUCCCAGUAUCCCUUCUCCUUUGCAGGCCUUUGGUGCAGAGAGAGCAUCCAUGACUUCUGCACAGGAGAUCCUCCUCUUUAGCAUCCAAAGUGACUGCUAUAACAAUUUGGCUGCCUGUCUCCUUCAGAUGCAACAUGUCAACUACGAGCGAGUGAAAGAGUACAGCCUCAAAGUCCUGGAAAAACAGCCGGAAAAUGUGAAAGGGUUGUAUCGUGCCGGAGUGGCUUUCUACCAUUUGCAGGAUUAUGACCGGGCACGGCAGUAUCUCCUGGCAGCAAUGAGUAAGCAGCCCAAAGAUGCCAACGUGAAGCGUUACCUGCAGCUUACGGAAUCCCAGCUGAGCAGCUACCAUCAAAAGGAAAAACAAGUGUAUAUGGGGAUGUUUGGGAAGAGGUGAUGGAUUCCCCUUGGGAGCAUCUAUAGACGCAACAGAGUGCCCAGUUUCUGAUGCUUCUCUACAUAUGUAGUUUUUGGAUUUUGAAGAUAUGCAGUGCCUUGAGAAAUAUGUGUUUAAUGACCAAUGUAACAUUUGAAAGAGAUGAACUUCUGUUAUCUGUUUUGAUGAAACAGAUUGUGGAUAAAUGGCGACACCCUGAAUUUGAUUCUUUCCUUCUACGGCAGAUGAAGGCUGUGAUCUGUUUUCAUGCUUCCCCACAACUUGUCGGUCCAUAAAAUAGCAUUAUGAGUUAAAA